AUGGCGCCGCGGGCGGGGUUUAGGCCAAAAGAGGCGCAGGGGCAGCGCCUGUUGGUGUCGUCCUCACCGUCACCGCGGGCGCCUCUUCCUGGAUUCAUUCAUUCGUUUUUCUCUUCACGAAGGUAGUAAGGCCUAGUUGAAAGCCAUGGAGAGCGCAUUUCCGGCCGCCGGCUUCUUGUACUGGGUAGGCGCAGGCACCGUGGCCUACGUGGCCCUGCGCAUCUCGUACUUGCUCUUCACGGCCCUUCGGGUCUGGGGUUUGAGUCACGAGGCAGGGGUCGGACCCAGGCUCGGAGAAUGGGCAGUUGUCACAGGUGGUACUGAUGGAAUUGGAAAAUCAUAUGCAGAAGAGUUAGCGAAACAUGGAAUGAAGGUUGUCCUUAUCAGCAGAUCACAGGAUAAACUGAAUCAAGUUUCCAGUGAAAUAAGAGAAAAAUUCAAAGUGGAAACAAGGACCAUUGCUGUUGACUUUGCAUCAGAAGAUAUUUAUGAUAAAAUUAAAACAAGCUUGGCAGGUCUUAAAAUUGGUGUUUUAGUGAACAAUGUGGGAAUCUCAUAUGAGUAUCCUGAAUACUUUUUGGACGUUCCUGACUUGGACAACACCAUCAAGAAACUGAUAAAUAUUAAUGUUCUUUCUGUUUGUAAGAGUGUCCGGCCGUACUACGUAGCUACAAAGCUGUCGAAAAUCCGAAAGCCAACCCUGGAUAAGCCGUCUGCGGAGACGUAUGUGAAGUCUGCAAUGAGAACGGUGGGCUUGCAGUCCCGAACCACCGGAUACCCGGUCCAUUUUCUUAUGGAAUCAAUACUUUCAGUUAUGCCUACCUGGCUGUAUUUCAAAAUGACCAUGAAUUUUGGCAAGUCCACGCGGGCUCGCUAUAUGAAGAAAGCCAAGAAGAACUAAGCAUUGGUAACUGUACUGAGUAGCUUGGCUAGGCGUGCCAGCUUACGCGUGUUUACGGCAAGGCACCCACCCCUCUCCAAAGUCUGCGGUUGUCAUUUUAUCAGUUACUAAUAAGGCUAAAUGUUAUCAUAAUUGGGACGAAAGCAAAGUUGCCUUCAGGAGUUCUGGCCAUAUAUUUUGAAUACUGCCAGGAGUUAUUUUGAAGUUUAAUAUAAAUGUUCCUAUCAAAUGGACAUAGAACUAAUGCUAGCAAGAACAGUGUAAUGGGAAGGAACAUGAUUUUGGCAAAUCACAGAAUGAUUGAGUCAGACAUAAUGCUUCAGUGGUUUCAUUUGGCCCAAAAUGCCAAUGAUGAUUGUUCUUGUAUUUUCUCUGAAUUAUACUUUAAAAAGUAAUGGCCAGCUACUCUUUUUGUUUGUUAUUAACACUUCGAGGGAGUGGAGAUUAAUUGAUUCACUUAUGGGAGGACACACUGUAACAUGCAUCGCUAUGAGGUUUUCUGAAAGUAUGUCCCAGUUUGUACAUUUAUGUGGAACUUUUUGUUCUCAAAGGUAGCUAAUGACAUAAAAAUAAUACACGACAUAUGGAGUUCCUUUUGACACAUGAAGCCCACUAACAUAUGCUUUCCUCUAACACAUAUUUCUUCUCAGUUUAAAUGCAUGUAAAUACUGAAAGCUAUAUGGUAUGAUUUGUAAAGGUAAAUGGACCAAAAAAUACAUUGAGAUGAGCAGCCACCUACAGUGCCACUAAAUCCCUGACCCAGGAGAGUGGCCUGCUUGGACCCCAGCCUCCUUUGUUUCUGCACUGCAUCAAUCCUGUUCACAUAUGUGACCGCAGGCUUUUCCCAAAACAGUAAUGAUAAUGGAGAAGUGAUAAAUCGAUACCCUGUAGAUAGCAAUCUGACUAGUUUUAAUAAAAGUUGAUUUAACCACAGUGAUGAUUGAAAAUGUAUUUCUUCGGUGCUUGAAGUUAAGGCUGUUUUUACACUGGCUUACUGUAAGUGAAGACUUACUUUUAUCCUGCUCCAUAACUUGUUUGAGGGAAAUCACCAAGAAGUAAUUCAGUAUUGUGAAACAUGUAACAUGGAAGGUAGGUAGGUCUUUACCAAGGCUGUGGUUCCUAAGCUCUGAGUUUUAAACACCAGGAGAUUUGUGUAAAAAAAAAAAAAAAAAA